CAUCGUACGGUGCGAUUGAAGUCCCAAUUGUACUCGAUAAAUGCUGCCCAUGCUGUCCAUGACAUGUUGUCUCCAAGUAGGAGAGAUCUAUGUGAUAAUUCUGGCCCCAUUGCGCCAGUUGCGCAGUGCGUGGCGAAAGAGUGCGAUCGAAGUGAGGUCGUGGGGCUGCUGUAGAGUGACUCCCAGCCCCAUCCCCCCAAGAAUGGUUGCCGUCGGUGCCUCACCGUCGCCGUCGAUUCCUUGCCGUGAACCCCACAACGCGUCACACAGGCUUACCUUCUUGCCCAGAAUAUUUACCUCGACGCUUCCUCUCUUCCUCCACACAACCACCCUUCACCUUUACAGUACUUCUUCCAAUCUUGCACAAACACUUUAUUGCCAUUGACAAACCUAACAACCCAUCAAGCUUGCAACGCCAUGUCUUUCCCAAGCUUCGACCCCUCGCAGGGACAACCUGCUCCGUUCACCGAGAACGGAAACACUGGCCUCACCCAGGGUCAGCCACCGAUCCAAAACAUGCAGCAGAACAUGCCCAGCAUGCAACAAACUCCCCAGGGCUCCGAUACCCAGGCCCCGUUCCAGGGACAAGGUGCUAUGGAGCAAGGCCAAGGUGGAUCGACUGGCGCUCCUGACUCCAAGACCACUCUCUGGAUGGGAGAGCUUGAGCCAUGGAUCGAUGAGAACUUCGUCCGCAGCGUCUGGUUCGGAAUGGGCGAGCAGGUCAACGUCAAGAUGAUCCGUGACAAAUUCUCUGGCAACGCCGGCUACUGCUUCAUUGACUUCACCACGCCUGAGGCUGCUGCCAAGGCUCUUUCCUUGAACGGAUCCAUGAUCCCCAACACCUCGCGCCCAUUCAAGCUCAACUGGGCUUCCGGUGGCGGGCUCGCUGAUAGACGUGAUGACCGUGGACCCGAAUUCUCCAUCUUCGUUGGUGACCUCGGCCCAGAGGUUAACGAAUAUGUCCUGGUCUCGCUUUUCCAGUCCAGAUUCCCAUCUUGCAAGUCUGCCAAGAUCAUGACUGAUCCGAUCUCCGGCAUGUCGCGUGGCUACGGCUUCGUCCGCUUCUCCGAUGAGGGAGACCAGCAGCGCGCUCUCACCGAGAUGCAGGGCGUCUACUGCGGCAACCGCCCCAUGCGUAUCUCCACCGCGACCCCCAAGAACAAGUCUGGCGGUGGUGGACCACCUGGUGCCAUGGGCGGUAUGCCUGGCGCCCCAAUGGGAGGCAACAUGGCCCCUGGCAUGUACUCCAUGGGAGCUCCCCCGAUCGGCUACUACGGUGCCCCCCAGCCAAUGAAUCAGUUCACUGACCCCAACAACACCACCGUCUUCGUCGGUGGCCUCUCUGGCUACGUCACCGAGGACGAGCUCCGCUCUUUCUUCCAGGGCUUCGGAGAGAUCACCUACGUCAAGAUCCCACCCGGAAAGGGCUGCGGCUUCGUCCAGUUCGUCCAGCGCCACGCUGCUGAGAUGGCCAUCAACCAGAUGCAGGGUUACCCCAUCGGAAACUCCCGCGUUCGCCUUUCUUGGGGACGCUCCCAGAACAACUCUGGUCCCGCUGGAACCCCCUACAGACCGGCUCCACCGCCACCACAGUACCAGGGCAUGGGCAUGCCACCAUCCCACCCCUAUGGAAACUUUGCUCCUCUUAAGUAA